AUGAUCAUCUUUCUCUGUAUAACCUUCAAUCUUAUUCUGGUUUCAGGUAAUGUUAUUCUAAAAAAUAUUUCUUCUUUGCCUUAGUUGGACAUUGCUGCCGUCAAAUUUUAUGAAUAUAAUUAUUAUCUUUUGGACUCUUUCUGAAGACAGCGUGUUGUUGAUGUUUCUGCAGGUUCCUCUGACAAAAAAGAAGUCAACCAGAAGCCAGAGGGAAUUUUCAGCACAGAGGGACAAUCAGUUGAAUUCAACUGCAGUCAUGAAAUUGAUAGCUACGACCGGAUCUACUGGUACAAGCAGGUGGAGAGCAGAGAGAUGCAGUUCCUGGGAUAUAUGUAUUAUGGUCGUGGAGAUCCUGAAGAUAAGGUUAAAAUGAAUAUAACUGGGAAUGCACAGAAAAGUCAGAAUUGCACAUUAACAAUCUUUAAAGUGGACCUGAACAGCAGUGCAGUGUACUUCUGUGCUGCUAGUACACAAUGCUUCAUAUCUUGA